AAACUCGCGUCUUGCCCAUCUCUCUCUCUCUCUCUCUCUCUAUCUCUACCACUCUCCUCCAAAAACCGGUCUCUGCACCACCUGUUUAUCCUAAAGAAAAAUGGCCUCCCACAUUGUUGGAUACCCCCGUAUGGGCCCAAAGAGAGAGUUGAAGUUUGCUUUGGAAUCUUUCUGGGAUGGCAAGAGCAGUGCCGAGGAUUUGGAGAAGGUGUCUGCUGACCUCAGGGCAUCCAUCUGGAAGCAGAUGUCUGAUGCCGGUAUCAAGUACAUUCCCAGCAACACAUUCGCAUACUAUGAUCAGGUGCUCGAUACUACCGCACUUCUUGGUGCUGUUCCCCCAAGAUACAACUGGACAGGUGGCGAGAUUGGUUUCUCCACCUACUUCUCCAUGGCCAGAGGAAAUGCUUCUGUUCCUGCUAUGGAAAUGACCAAGUGGUUUGACACCAACUACCACUUCAUUGUCCCGGAGUUGGGCCCCGAUGUUACUUUCUCUUAUGCUUCCCACAAGGCAGUGAAUGAGUACAACGAGGCUAAAGCGCUCGGUAUUGACACUGUUCCAGUACUUGUUGGCCCUGUUUCAUACUUGUUGCUCUCUAAGCCUGCCAAGGGUGUUGAGAAGACUUUCAAUCUUCUUUCUCUCCUUGACAAAAUUCUUCCAAUUUACAAGGAAGUUAUUGGUGAGCUUAAGGCAGCUGGUGCUUCAUGGAUCCAGUUUGACGAGCCCACCCUGGUUUUGGAUCUUGAGGCUCACCAGUUGGAAGCAUUCACCAAGGCUUACGCUGAACUGGAAUCAUCUCUAUCCGGCGUUAAUGUUCUAGUCGAGACUUACUUUGCUGAUGUACCUGCUCCAGCAUACAAAACCCUUACCUCGCUGAGUGGAAUUUCUGGGUUUGGUUUUGAUUUGAUUCGUGGAAGCAAGACCCUCGAUUUGAUCAAGGGUUCAUUCCCUUCUGGAAAAUACCUGUUUGCUGGUGUGGUUGAUGGAAGGAACAUCUGGGCUAACGAUCUUGCUGCAUCUCUGACCACACUGCAGUCUCUUGAAGGCAUAGUGGGAAAAGACAAGCUUGUUGUGUCCACCUCCACCUCACUUCUACACACAGCUGUCGAUCUGGUUAACGAGACUAAGCUGGACAAGGAGAUUAAGUCAUGGCUCGCAUUUGCAGCACAAAAGGUUGUUGAAGUUAAUGCUCUGGCCAAGGCUCUGACUGGUGCCAAGGAUGAGGAAUUUUUCGCUGCCAAUGCUGCAGCUCAGGCUUCCAGGAAAUCCUCUCCCAGGGUGAACAAUGAAGCUGUCCAGAAGGCUGCUGCUGCUUUGAAGGGUUCUGAACAUCGCCGUGCUACAAACGUGAGCGCCAGACUUGAUGCUCAACAAAAGAAGCUUAACCUUCCGAUCCUCCCUACCACCACCAUUGGUUCCUUCCCUCAGACUAUCGAACUCCGAAGAGUUCGCCGUGAAUACAAGGCCAAGAAGAUCUCUGAGGAGGAGUACACCAAGGCUAUCAAGGAGGAGAUCAACAAGGUUGUGAAGCUCCAGGAAGAGCUUGACAUUGACGUUCUUGUUCAUGGAGAGCCAGAGAGAAACGACAUGGUUGAGUACUUUGGUGAGCAAUUGUCUGGUUUUGCCUUCACCGCCAAUGGAUGGGUGCAAUCUUACGGAUCUCGAUGUGUGAAGCCCCCAAUCAUCUACGGUGAUGUGAGCCGCCCCAACCCAAUGACCGUCUUCUGGUCCACCGCUGCCCAGAGCAUGACCAAGCGCCCAAUGAAAGGAAUGCUUACUGGCCCUGUCACCAUUCUCAACUGGUCUUUCGUUCGUAAUGACCAACCUAGGUUCGAGACCUGUUACCAAAUUGCUUUGGCCAUUAAGGAUGAAGUGGAGGAUCUUGAAAAGGCCGGCAUUACUGUGAUCCAAAUCGACGAAGCUGCAUUGAGAGAAGGUUUGCCUUUGAGGAAAGCAGAGCAUGCUUUCUACUUGGACUGGGCUGUACACUCUUUCAGAAUCACCAAUGUUGGCGUUGAGGACACCACCCAGAUCCACACCCACAUGUGCUACUCAAACUUCAAUGACAUCAUCCACUCCAUCAUCGACAUGGACGCUGACGUCAUCACCAUCGAGAACUCCCGUUCUGACGAGAAGCUCCUCUCCGUUUUCCGCGAGGGAGUGAAGUACGGUGCUGGAAUUGGGCCAGGUGUGUACGACAUCCACUCUCCAAGAAUCCCGUCUACUGAGGAAAUUGCUGACAGGAUCAACAAGAUGCUUGCUGUGCUGGAAACAAACAUAUUGUGGGUGAACCCAGACUGUGGUCUCAAGACUCGCAAGUACGGUGAGGUUAAGCCCGCACUUGAGGCUAUGGUUUCUGCUGCUAAGCUCCUCAGGAAGGAGCUUGCCAGUGCCAAGUGAGCCGUUUGAUGAUGGAUGCCUGCAUUAUUACACUCGGUUAUUUUCUCCACCAAUUCCCGUUUUUUAUUAAAUUUUUAAAGAAUAUAUUUUCUAAUGGUCUGAUGAAAUAAUUGUUGUUUCUGAUGAAUGAUUGAUUAUUCACUAGAGUUGUAGUCUCUGCUCGCCGAGCAUUUUGCUUUUCGGUAAUGUUAUUUGUUUUUCUUUCUUCUUUUUUUACGUAUUUGAAGAAUUAUAUUGUGUACGUCGAAGGAUACUGUUACUAAUGUAUCCACUGGUUGAAAUUUUAAGAGAUUCUUAUUCAGAUUGUGA